AUUAGUGUCUUGGAGUACGAGAAAUGAGUUCGUGUGUGCAUCAAAGCCGUUGAAGUGAAUUACUUGUAUUUAAAAGUGUGCAAACGUUAUAAAAUUAUUGCCAAAUACAAUAAAAUAGUUUAACACAAUUAAUAUCAAUGAAAUUUUAUUUCUAACUUACAAAAAUGUUUCAGUCUAAAGUUUCAGUUGAUCGUCAUCGGGAUGAAGUAUUCCGAAAAAUUCGUGAUGAACGUGAGCGAAGUCUCAGAUGCUAUAGCAUUGCCAAGCUGUAUUUCCAAGUAGAGCAGUAUGAAUUGGCAAGAAAGUAUGUUUCUGAAUACUUGAAGAUCAAGGAAGAUUCUGCUCCAGCACAUAAAUUAUUAGGGCAAUCGUAUGAAGCACUUGGACAAAAGGAGUUAGCUUUAGAGGAAUAUAGACAAUCACUACAACUUGAUGGUCGUCAGGAUGAUUUGAUUCUUAAAGUUUGCGAGCUGCUUGUGGAUGAAAGCAUCAGUGCAGAUUCUUCGAAAAUUCAGUACUGGGUGGAAAGAGCUGUUGAAAAAUAUCCGGAUCAUCCAGUUGUCUUCAAAUUGAAAGAAAAAAUGAUUACCAACAAUGGAUCUGGUGACAAUGAUCUCGAGGGCUUAAUAAACUCUGAAAUAUCAGUCAGACCAACGGAUGUCAAUCUUCGUGUUAAAUUAAUAAAAUAUUAUAUUAGUAAACGACGAAUUGAAGAUGCAUACAAACAUGCAGUUGAAGUAGAAUGUACUUAUACUCAUCAUCAAAGUUUAACUUGGUACGAGUGUGUUUAUGAUUUACUAACAAAAAUGAAGGAAUGUAAGAACCUGAAAUGGUCAUUCUGGGUAUUUCUGGUAACAGCUAGUGAAAGAUAUGCAGCACUUUCACUAUCAGAGUAUGGAGGAAAAGCUAAAAAUGUCCCGGAAGCAAUGCAGAUUUUAUUAAAUUUCGAUCAAGUUUUAUUUGAAGCUAAAAGUAAAAUAGAUGAUGCUCAAGAUACAAACCUUGCACUGCAGAUGUUUAAUCAUAUGUGGGGGCAGUUCAAUUACCAUCUUGGUUGUCUAUGGCUCAGAUUAGCUAAAAAAGAAAUCACCACUUGGAGGGAAACAGUUAGAUUAUGUUGUCCAUUAUUCCUAACAGCUAUUCAUUCAACUGUCAUUGAUCCAGAAGCAUCCUGGGGCUUUACUAUGAAAGGUCAAGCAUCUUUGUGGCAUAAAGAAGGUUCUUACCGAUGCAGUCAAGCUGGCCAUGUACUCACAGAGUAUUGUAGAAAUCGUUCUCUUAGGUUGAUGGAUAAAAUCAGUGAAUGUAUGACUGAUUCUUGGCGUGAAAAGAUCUUUAGAAAGAUAUUCGCUGGUAGAUAUAGCGAAAAAAUUAUCAAGACUUCGUAUUUUGUUAAUAAUACUGCUAUAAAUCCACCAUUGAGACUACUGUCACCAACAGAACUUGAAGAAUUUGAUAAAGUAGCCAAACAAAUUUAUCCCGAUUCACUUCAUCAUCUAGUCUGGCUUGGAGUAUUAAACAAGAAUAUGAAGAAAGAAACCGAUAAAGAACCUUGCCCUAAUGAACACACUACUGUAUUCCCUGGACUUCAAUAUUCUGUUCACAAUCUCACAGUUGCUUCUGCUGAAAGCCUUAGUAUUCUUGACUUAGAUGUGUUUUUAAAUUCUACUAUUUUAUGCUCAUUAAAAGACACUAAUGAUCAAGCAAAAAGUGGACUUUUAAAUCCAGAUAGAAUGCUAAUUCUUCCAGCAGACUUGACUGAUUCUCUGUGCUCGACUGUUCAAGCUAAAUGGUGGUCUUCAGCUUAUAAAAUUCAUAAUAAAAGACAUGAAUUAAUUGGAGAUAUGACUGAACUUCGUAUGGAGAUACAAAAAGGUCUAGAAAUUAUUCGUUGUAUCAGAACUAAUGGUCUUCAUUAUAAUAUUUUAAUACAUUUAGGCAGAAUGUUUACUUACAGAGGUAAACAUUUACAAGAAGUAUCUGAAAAUCAUCCGAAUUCACGUUUUAUACUUGACCGUGCUGAACUCUAUUGGUCAAUGGCAAUUCCUCUGAUUAAAAGUCUGUUGAAGAAACAUCUAGUACGUAUGAUGCCUGAUAGUAUUUUUAAUUACACUGAAAAAGAGCCUAAUCAUGCUGAGCUUAGAAAAGCAUUGGAAGAAGGACAACUGGUUAUUGCUGAGAAACACAUUGGAGAAAAGAAUUAUGAGCAUGCUCUAGUAUUAUUGCAAGAACUUAAAAGUCCAGAUGCUUCAUUUUAUCAAGGUGAAGUGUAUGAAUUGCUUGCGGAAGAACUUAUCCAACCUUAUACUGAUGAUACUAUGCCUGCUGGAAUCAAGGAUCAAUACUCUAUCAUGCUAAUCAAAGCUAAAAAUUGUUAUUACUUGACUUUGGAUAGAUUACGAUGUCCUUCAACAAAUCCUGGACAUCCAUUGAAUGCUGAAAUUAACACGAAAAUAGCCAAUGUUGAGGAUUUGAUUUUUAAAGUCAGUAAUGAGAAUGAAAUUGAUGAAAAUCAUGAUGUUUCAGGAUUGAUGAAUCAUUCAGUAAGUACGAUAAAUGUUGUAACACCAUUAAAGAAAAAUAGAGUGACUCCACGUCGACUUAGUAGUGAAAUGAACUCAACAAGACUCAGUCAAGUGGGAGUUCAAGAAGCUAGACCAAGUCCUGAAAGAAUAGAUGCUCAAAUUAGACAGGUGAUUUAUGAUAUUCAUAACAUGAAUCAUACUGUAUUGGAUCUGGUUAACAGUUUUAAGACUAUGAAUGACUCAAUAGUGCAAAAUUUUAUGAAAAUCAAAGAAGAAUGGAAGAAAGAUUUUGCAGAAUUUCGACAAGAAUUUGUAUCGAAACGAAAAGUUGCUUCUCCUAGUAGGAAUAAUCUUGAUGAUGAAACUUAUAUUUAUGAAGAAGAUUAUAAUGUUACUCCAGUGACUCCAGCAGCACCUACUAUACCAACUCAACAUAUUCCUGGUGGAAUUUUCCCACCAAGGCCAUCAUAUUCAUCACUAGUCUAUCCAACACCACCACAACAUGGUGCUUAUUAUCAAGGAUUACCUUAUACUGAUUAUACUCAACAAUCGUUGCAAUCAUUUUAUCCAAAUGUUUAUCAGAUACCGCCGUUGUAUCCUAGAGCUAAUGAACAAGCACUAGGAGUUCCUAGAAUGCAAGAAAUGCUUCAACAAGGAAUGAUUACUUCUAAUUUAUUUAAUUCUAGAUCGAUGCCAGUGUUUUCGGAUUUGGUUUCGCCAAAACAACAACCACAAAUGCAAGCUAAUAUUUCAUCACAAAGUUUAGAUCUUACUCGAAACACUGGAGCAACAGUUCCACUAGUACCACCAACAAUUCCAGUGGUCAGCAUGCCAACAACAACAAUAACCGGAAUGAUGCCAACAACUAUUCAACCACCAGUAACAACAACCAUCAAGAAUACUCUUGUCAAUAAAUCUCCACCAGUGAAUGUAGUGAUCACAAGUUCUGAUACUCUACCAACAAGUGCACCAAGUGUUCAACCUGUUCUAAGUGUUGUAAUUCCACCGCACCAUCGUAAUGUAAGCUCAACAGGAGGAGCAGGAGUUCCAGUUACCAAUAUCCAGCCAAUUGUCACUACUAGUGCUCCACAUAAUUAUCAGAUUUUAAUGCCUUCCCAAGCAGCAGUUCCAACUACUGUCAACAUUCCAUCAAUUUUCAAUCCAGUAACCAACACAAUAGCCUCCAAAUCACCAACUGUUGUAGAUAAAAAUGCUAGUGUUGUAUCCAACACAUCACACAAUAGUUCUAUUGAUGCUGAAGUUGAACAUGAUCCAAUUCCUGACUUCAUGCCGGUGAUUCCUCUUCCAGCAGAGGUUAAAGUCACUACUGGAGAAGAAGAUGAAGAAGAGCUAUUUUGUGCUAGAGCUAAACUCUUCAGGUUUGUUGAUAAAGAAUGGAAAGAAAGAGGUGUUGGUAAUGUUAAAUUACUUAAAAAUAAUGAAGGAAAAGUUAGAUUACUAAUGAGACGUGAUCAAGUAUUAAAAAUAUGUGCCAAUCAUAAUCUAACACCAGAUAUGGAACUCUCAGCAAUGUCAAAUAAUGAUAAAGCUUGGAUAUGGGCUGCUAAUGAUUACGCUGAUGAAGAAAUAAAAUUAGAAAAACUUUGUAUUAAGUUUAAGCUUGUUGAAGAGGCUCAAUCAUUUAAGGAACACUUUGAUAAGGCAAAGAAAUCAGUGCCAGUGGUUGUAAAAGAUGCUACAGAAUCUAAGAAAGUUGAAAAAACUUCACAAGAAGCUGAAAAACCUGAAGCUAAAGGAUCUUUCAAGAUGGGUGGAUUUUCGUUUUCAUCGAAACCAAUGGUUCAAACACCACCGUCAACUGAUUCUGUACCAAAGAAAGCUGAAGAACCAAGUGCACCAUCUCCAUUUGCUUCGUUUAGUUUUAAUAAAACGGUUGAACCUGUUGGAGCUUCGACACCGUUUAAUGCAAUUGGUAAAACCACAGCCGAUGUGAAAUCAUCAACAAUUGAUUCAACAAUUACUACAAGUGCAUCAACAAAUUCUGUCGAUUCAUCAUCAGCUAAACAACCACUUAGACGUCCUUACUCAAUAUCAUCGUCAAGUCCAUCUGAUACGGAAGCAAUUGGUGGUGUUCUUGGUGAUAAUGAUGAAGCUGUGCUCUUCGAAACCACUACAAGUCUCAUAUCAUCAAUAGAGGCUUCUCAAUGGAAAAAUCGUGGCAUUGGAUCACUAAUGUUAAUUCUAGAUACUAAAACUGGACAACUUCGAUUAAAAUUCCAACAAAAAGAUGCUUCUAAACCACUAUUAAAUUGUGUUUUACCUAAAAAUAAUAUUUUUAAAGCGGGAAAUAAAACUCCAAAUGUCAUUUGUUGGAUUUGGACAGAAUCAACAGCUUCUGGAAAAACAGAAAAUUAUGCUGCAUCAUUUGCUAAUGUUGCUAUUGCAACUGAUUUUCUUGAAAAAACUACUUCACUACAGAAAUUAAUGGUGGAUAAUAAAAUACCUUUGGAAAAUAUCACUAAAAAGCAUAAAACCGUAUCUGUAGCAACAGGAAAUCAUCAAGUAGCAUCAACAACUACUACUAAACCUUUAUCUGAGAUGUUUAAACCUGCCCCAGGUUCCUGGGAAUGUGGAAGCUGUUAUACUAGAAAUAAUGCUGGAGUGUCAAAUUGUGUUGCUUGUACAGCUCCUUCAGCAACAACUUCAAGUACCAAUGAUCAGCCUUCAACUGGACAGUUAUUUAAGCCAGCUAGUGAUUUGAGUAAAGCUAAGAGUAAUAGCUUUGGCACCUCAACAUUUACUUUUGGAAUACCGAAAAAUUCUACUUCUCAAGAUUCAGCACCGACAUCAACAUUUGUCUUUGGUUCUUCAAAACCCCCAGCAGUAUCGCAACCACCAUCAACCGAUGUAAACAAAGUUCAAACAAAACCUUUCUCAACAACUACAUCAUCUUCAAGCCUUUUUUCAUUUGGAUCAGAUCAAACAAAUACUGGACUUAUAUUUAAACCAUCAACGAAGCAACCUGAAUCUACUAAAGAAGGUGAAAAAGUAGAUCAAUCAAAACAAUCAAAAGAAUUUGUAUUUGGAAAUGCCCAAAAAAUAGAAAAUCCUCCAAGUACAUUUAAUUUUGGUAAUCCUGGUUCACCGCGGAUGACCUUUGGCUACCAAUGGCCAUCUAAAUCACCACCAAAAGCACUAGACACUAGUGCUGUUAGUGAAGUUAGCGAAGAUGAAGUAGCAGAGAGUGAAGAUGUUUAUUUCCCUCCUGUGAUUCCACUUCCUGAUAAAAUUGAAGUUAAAACUGGUGAAGAAGAUGAAACAGUUCUCUACCAACAUCGUGCUAAACUCUUUAGAUAUGAUCCUAACACAAAGGAAUGGAAAGAACGUGGUCUUGGUGAUAUAAAGCUUCUUAAACACCAAGAAACUUCUAAAUUAAGAUUAGUCAUGCGUCGAGAACAAACCUUGAAGCUUUGUCUAAACCAUUUUGUGACCAAAGAACUCGAAAUAUCUCCGAAAGAUGACAAAUCUUGGGUAUGGCAUGCUGCUGAUUAUAGCGAUGGUGAAAUAGAAUAUAUCCAACUUGCUUGUAGGUUCAAGACUUCAGAGAUUGCUGAAGAGUUUAAGAGUGCUGUUGACAAUGCAAUAGCUAAUAUUGAUGUUGAUGCAUCAGUGAAGGUUGACAAAACAGAGUCACCUGAAGAUCUUCAAGUAGUCUAUGAACUAACAGUGAGUCCUGAGGAAAAAGCUGAAGCUUUAAAACUAAAAUUACCUGAAAAUUUCUACUCUUAUAAACAGAAAAAAGAUUGUCCGGGUUGUCUAGGAUGUCGAGAGCCAGAAGUACCACUUUUUGAUGGUCCUAAAGAGUCUAAAACUAUUACCACACCAUCAGCUAGUAUCAAAUUAGCACCACCUAAGCUGAAUACUUCUUCAUUAUCAAUUACCACAGCAUCAUCAAAUACAUCUACAGGUUUUUCAACACUCUUUAAAACCACUACUGCUACUCCUGCCACCACUGCUAUCACCACUGCUGCUUUUGCUAGCACAUCAACCUCUGAAAAUGUCUUUGGUCAAGCAGCUGCCAAACCUUUCUCCUUUGGAUCAACGAUUUUUGGUGGUCAACCAACGUCUAAUAGUUUUAGUUUUUCAACACCAACAACCACGUCCACCAGUACUGAUAAAAAUUUCAUCUUUGGUGGUUCUAAUCUUGGAAAUUUAACGAUUUGCAGCCCUUCAACAACUGUAGAUUUUGGUAAAAGUGAUGCUUUUACUAAAAAUGCUGCUGGAUCAGCUAUAUCUUGGUUUGGUAAUGCUCAAAAAACAACUGAAGCAUCAAAACCAUCAAUCUUUGGAGGAUCAAUGUCAACAAGCAGUACUGCUUCAUCAUUUAAAAAUGAAGGAUUUUUAAACACUGAUAAUAUUGCAACAUUUUCAAGUUUAGCAGCGAAAGCUGGUGAACCAGUAGAAUUUAAAACAGAUCCAAACUUUGUAUUUGCUGGUGCUGGACAAUCGGUAUUUGGUUCAGCUAAACCUCCAGUUAAAAAUACACCUGAUAAAAAGCAAAAUGAAGUAAAAACAACAGAGGAAGAAGAAACAGAAGAAAAAGGUGGUGAUGAUGAAGAGGAAUAUGAUCCUCAUUAUGAACCAAUUAUUCCUCUUCCUGAUGCUAUUGAAGUAAAAACUGGAGAAGAGGAUGAAGAAAAAGUCUUUUGUCAUAGAGCUAAGCUUUACCGAUAUGAAGAUGAGACUAAGGAGUGGAAAGAACGUGGAGUUGGAGAAAUGAAGGUACUAUAUCAUGCUGGACAAGGAACUUACCGGCUUCUUCUACGUAGAGAACAGGUCCAUAAAAUCGUAUGCAAUUUCUUAAUAACUGCAGAUCUCGAUAUGCAAACUUUAACAGCAUCAGAUCGUAGCUGGAUGUGGGCUGGAAUGAAUUACGUUGACAAUGAGCAUGUUGCUGAAAAGUUAGCUGUAAAAUUCAAGAAUCUAACAAUAGCAAAUGAAUUCAAAACUGCAGUAGAGAAUGCAAAACUUUAUUUAAAGAAAAAGACUGAAACUAAUAAUGAGACUCAAGAUUGGUCAAACUAUGAAUCAGCUUCAUUGACUAAUGAUCCAUCAUAUGAUGAUAAUGGAGCUGAUGAAAUAGAAGAAGAUGAAAGUAGCUUUAUGUUUGAUAGACCAGGAGCAUUAUUUUAUCUAGAAGGAGAUUCAUGGGUCUUUGAUAAAAAUGGUCAAGCUAGGAUAGUUUAUGAUCAUGAUUUAUUUGGAGCAAGAAUUAUGUUUGUUACUGAUAGCGGUGAAGUGAUAAGUCAUUGUUUCAUCACGACAGAAUCUUUAUGUCAGCGUGAGAAAAAUGAAUGUUUAUGGACUGCAGUAGAUGAAGCUGUUAAUCCACCUCGUAAACGGCAACUUAAAGUAACAUUUAGCAAUGAAGAAUAUGCUGAAGAGAUGUUUACUAAUUUUCUAGAAGGAAUAGAUUGUGCUCGGCAUGCUGGAAUUAGUGAAACAAAUUUUAUUUAUACAGAAGAUCGUGAUGAAUACAAAUAAAUAAAAACAUAAUAAGUGAUUUAAAAAUAAAAUUUUCAAACUAUUAAAUAGAUUAUUAGUUAUAUUCAAUGAAAAAAGAAUA